GGGCGUCUCGAGAGAAGGGGCGGGGCCGCCCGCAGCGCCCCGGGCAGGCGCUGGCCAAUGUGCGCCGCGGGAGAGCUACGCCGCGGGGGGCACGGAGGGAGCGCGGCUUCGGGUUUCCGAGACUCCCACCCGCACGCUCGCACGCACGCAGGCACGCACACCCCCCAGACCCCCCACGACCCCGGCGGGGGCGCGCGCGCGCGCGAUGGGCGCACUUUGGCGGCGAGCGCGAGUGGAGGAUGACGGGAAAGAGGUAAAAUGGCCACCGGCAGCGGCAUGGAGGAGGACAGGAAGCGCAGCCGUCCUCAGCUCCUGCCCCUCACGCGCCCGGCGGCCCGGAGCGAGGACGCCGAGGGCACCCGCGAAAAGAUGGGCUGGGCCCAGGUGGUAAAGAACCUAGCGGAGAAGAAGGGCGACUUCCGCGAGGCGCGGCGGCGGGAGGAGGACUGUGGCGGCGGCGUGGGCAGCGGCCUCGGCGUCCCGGCCGGCCUGGCGGCGGCGGGCCUCAACGACUUUCCCCCGGCCGGCCGCGGGGACCUGAAAGGCCGCCGGAGAGACCCGGCCGGCGAGGCGGCGGACGCGCGCCAGAAGAAGGCCGCGGCUGAGGUGGGCCGCCGGAAGAAGGCGGAGGCCGGGGCGGCCGCAGCCAUGGCCGGGGUGUCGGAGGACGCGGCCGAGCGGCCGCUCCUGGAGGAAGGGGCGGCGGGCCCCGGCAAGGGCCGCUUCCUCGUGCGCAUCUGCUUCCAGGGCGACGAGAGCGCCUGCCCGACGCGGGACUUCGUGGUGGGCGCGCUCAUCCUGCGCUCCAUCGGCAUGGAGCCCGAUGACAUCUACGCCGUCAUCCAGAUCCCCGGCAGCCGCGAGUUCGACGUGAGCUUCCGCUCCGCCGAGAAGCUGGCCCUGUUCCUCCGCGUGUACGAGGAGAAGCGCGAGCUGGAGGACUGCUGGGACAACUUCGUGGUGCUCGGGCGGAGCAAGUCCAGCUUGAAGACGCUCUUCAUCCUCUUCCGGAACGAGACCGUGGACGUGGAGGACAUCGUGACCUGGCUCAAGCGCCACUGCGACGUGCUGGCCGUGCCCGUGAAAGUGACGGACAGGUUUGGGAUCUGGACCGGGGAGUACAAGUGCGAGAUCGAGUUGCGCCAGGGGGAGGGAGGCGUGUGCCACCUGCCGGGGGCCUUCUUCCUGGGGGCCGAGAGGGGCUACAGCUGGUACAAGGGGCAGCCCAAGACGUGCUUCAAGUGUGGUUCCCGGACCCACAUGAGCGGCACCUGCACCCAGGACAAGUGUUUCAGGUGCGGGGAGGAAGGCCACCUGAGCCCGUACUGCCGGAAGGGCAUAGUGUGCAACCUCUGUGGCAAGCGAGGACACGCUUUUGCCCAGUGUCCCAAAGCGGUUCACAACUCUGUGGCAGGUCAGCUCACAGGCUUGGCCGGGCACUGAACACCCCCAACCCCCUCGCCGCCUGCCUCUCAGCCAGGGUGAACACACAGCCAGCGUUACCCCUCUUAAGUGCCAAAAGUUUUUUGAAAAGCAUUUUUUUAACGGUUUUGGAAGAGAGAUCUUUUGAAAAUUUAACCACAGAGACAUUUUUGUCUCUUGCCUUCUUCGACCAAGUUUACUCCAUUUCAGCCCUUUCUGAAUUGGUGAGCCUCGCCCGCCAGUAAGGGACUGUCCAGCACUGUAGUGAGCAGAUGAUGUUGCCCCUCCCCUUUUUUUAAAACUUUUUAAAAUUUUUUUCGUUUUUAUAUUUGGGGGUUUUGUACUGUUUGGGGUUUGUUUUUCUUGUACUUUCCCCCCACCCCGCCCUACCUCACCUUUCCCUUAAGUCGUUUCCUUCCCAGGUUUCACCCUGUAGGGCUGCCUGGUUCAUUUCUGCCCCAGUGCCAGCCAGGUGCAGGGGCUUAGCACGUGGUAGGCACUCUGUCAGUGUUAGUUGAAUUGAAAACAUUGUUGGUGUGGCUUCUGUCAAAGAGUGUCUACCUUUCUGCAGCUCUUCCCCAUCCCCUUUUAAUUUGCUGCUUCCAAUCUACGUGGUCUGAAAAUUUGUGAAACCGGUGUUGUUCGAAGUGUAUAUAUAAUCUGAAUCAAUAAGCUCUGAGUUGGUGGCUAAGGGCCUCUCUUAUGGUCUAAAAGUGCACGGACCCGGACAGCUCUGAUGACUUAAGCCAUUUUUCAUAGAAUUAUGGAAUCUAGAAUUGUUCCUGCUGGAAAAGCCCUUUGAAAGGCGGUUUACCCCAGUCCCUUUGUCUUUUCCCCCAGUUCCUUGGUUUUUCCAGCAGAUGAAGCUGAUGUAGAGAGAUUAAAUCACUGGGUCAAAGUCGCACAUCCCAUCUGGUGCCAGAGCUAGCCCAUGGUAGAGUUCCUUGACCCGAACCCGGUGCUCGGUGCUCAUCACACUACCUCUCACACUUCACAACAAGUUCCUCAACACUUGCCAGCCCAGGUCUGAUUGCUCCACCGUGUGCUCACAGAGCAGAACUGAGAAACCACCUGCAAAGGAACAGAAAAGUUUGGCAGGAGCUUCUAAAUACUGGGGAAGCUAAGGACCAAGCAACUGACUCCACUGUUCCCGGAAAUACCGUGUGCCAGGUCCUUUAGAGGCUAUCCUCUUUUCCGUUCACUGCCACCAGUGAACAUGGAAGUGCCCCUGAGCUAGAGAAAGUAACAAAGGUUCACUAACAUCCCACCUGAACCUGGACAGCUCAGAACCCUGGCGGAGCACCGCUACUUCCUGCACAACCUCCACUACUUCCUGCACAACCUCCACUCCCGGGAGGAGGGUGCUUCACCCAAAAUCAGGAGUGAACUGUACUUAGGAAAUGGGCCAAGCGAGAGACCUGGGUCAGCUCCAUUACCAAGUUAAAGUAGAAAAGACAGUACACUGCUUUUCUUCUAGUUUUUCUGUAUGUUUUUGCUAUUUUCCCUGUGGCUUAGAAUGUAAAAUCACUUGUUUAAAAAAAGUUUUGUUCUGAAUAAAUAUUUAUCUUUUGUAUUGCAAAUGCAGUGCCUUUUCUUUGAAAGUGUUAAAUGCACUGUUAUCCAGUGCUUAGUUCCUAGCCAGUCCCUACAAUCCAUUUGUUUGCCCUGCAAAUAACCUUUCCCACCCUGCAGGCAGCACUUAACACCUGCUGUGCUGUGUGCUAGGCUCUGGAGGAGUUGUUACCUAUACUGCAUUACAAUCACUUAGCUCACCCUUAAGAGUACUUUGUUCUCUCCCACUAGUUGGCCUGGAAAUCCAUGAUUCUGCCUCAGCUCCCUGGAUGCUGAGAUUGCAGGCAUGUACCACCACUCACAAUAAGCUAAGUUUGGCCCA